CUGGGAUCCACGCUCCACCACCGUUGCCGGCAGACCAUUCGCCAGCGGAUACAGCACGAAGCAUCUCUUUUGUUUUGACUCACUUUUCGUCACACACAGCCAAAUGGCCUGCUACAGUACCUAUUAACUUUAAAUUUACCUGAUAUUGCCCUUAUGCGCUGCCCGUAAACAAACUGGGCCCUCCCACACUCGUUGCUUCUUCUACAACUAUCUCCCCGGAUCCAAAUACAAAUACAAACAUUGGACCUUCGCACCCGAGCCUCACGAGAUACCAAUAUCCUACAACUCCCUUGCACGGCUAUUUCGACUUCAAAGGAGUACAGAGAUCAAGCAUAACUGGGCAUCCAGGCUUCUUUUCAAACAAUGUUCCCGAGAGGACGCCCGAAUGAGUCCAAGGACCGAAAUCGUAAAGUAACACCACCAGGACCAGUAUAUAUGAGCAACGACCAGUUUGCUUCAUAUCUGUCGGACCUUCGCAACAAUCGAGUUGCUCGACCCAGUGGUGCUAGGCCACUACCUGACAGCAACCGCCGUGACUCUGAUAGAGGGGUAGCCCCGACGGUGCCCGCAGAUCAAGCUUCGACGUCUCCAGUCGCAUCUGCUCCUCGUUCCUCCAGUGUUCAAUCUCACAGACGAGCUCAGUCAUCUCUCUCUAUAUACUCGUCUGUGACGUCGCGAACUGGCAGACAGCUAGUGCAACGUCCCGAUGGUUUGCAGAAUGCUCCAAAACCUUUGAAAGCAUCAGAUGUCGUCCCUACAGCAACUUACAUGGAGCGAGGUCUUCGCUGGAUGGAGAAAGAAGAGGCCGUGUCCUUGAGAGAAGCUAUGGAAGAUAUGGAUUUGAAGCCUCACGAAGAAGAGGAACUUCGGAUUCACAAUGCUGCUCAAGAAGAAGCUUCGGAACUUGUUUAUCAACAUCAAUUCCCCGAGUCUGCCAGACAAACCGACGCUCCUUAUCGGUACAAAGACCAUCUGCGAAAGAACAGCUACCAACACGCUCGCGCGCAAAGCGUUGGCCGUUACAGCGGACUGAACAUUGCAACUGGGUUGGCACGAGACAUGCCUCGCUCUGUGUCCGGAACCUCAAGCUGUAGCGGUGGGCUCCAGUCUCCUCGCAGUCGAAUCUCUAGCGAAGGUUCCGACUACUUCAGACAGAGGAAUACUAGCCCUGAUACCACCAUUCGAAGUUCUAUUGACUCUGUAACGGAUAUUCGGCCAUCAGCAGGCUCCAGUAAAUCUUUCGGUAGUCUCUCAAGCCGCGUUAGGCCUCAAGGUUCAAGGAGAAGGAGCAGUGGCAAACGCAAUGUCAGUGGGGAGGUUACUGGUACUUUCACAGGUGAACAAAUCUGGGAGGAGCCUGAGCAAGAUAGUUCGGACCGUGGACGCACCGCAGAAGUUCCUGGCAUGCCAGCACCACUUCGUAUCAAGCCUCGAAAUCCUUUGAACCGGGUGCAAUUCGCACAAGAUACCGCUACACGAUCCCAGAGUACCCCUCCAGAGCCAACCAAGAAGCUUUCUGCCUUUGAGAUCCACCGCAACCCACCUUCUCAGUCGAGAAACCCAAAUUACACUGCGAAUCCUCCUCUUGCAGCUCAUGGUCUCAAGGCCAAAGCAAUCCCCGAUAAUGAAGCACCGGCUGUGCCCACGAAAGACGGACUCGAGAUCAGAGGCGAGGACAUUCGUCAAGCUACUAGUAUGCGUCUGAAGGAUCGCAGUCCUAAGCUGCCGACUCCCACAGCUGUAAGCAAUAAACCGGGACGCCCGAUUGUAAGCUUCGACUCCAAUUGGAAACCGAAGGAGGCUGAUGUGAAGCCAGAAGUGCGAAGAAGAUCACCAUUUGAUCGGAUCGACAGGGGCUCCUCCAGCAGUCAAAGGCAAAGCCUACCUGCUCACUCAGAUUCGAAGGAUGUCCCAUCCCCUAUCCCGACCGUUCAGCUUCCUGACACUCCCUCAAUCCAAGUAACAAAAGAGGCUACGGUCCCUAUUCCAGUCAUCAAUUUUCCAGAUUCUCAUCCAUCUGUCCCUAAAAUCAAUCUUCCUGACUCUAAGCCGAAUGUGCCUACAAUAAACUUCCCGGAUUCUACACCCUCUUUCCCUACAAUUAACCUGCCGGACGCACCCACUAUCUCAGUUUCAACUCCUAGUAUACCUCAGAUUACCGUCGGGGACGCUUCCACUUCUCAAUCCGCUAGACCACUUCCUUUUCCAAAAUCGUCUGCUGGUCGAGCAGCACAACGACCAGUACCACCACGUUCUCCGCGUGGCCACUGGUCUCCAGCUGGAAAAAGAGCGACUGCAACAUGUCACCAAUGUCAACUAUCGAUCGAAGGAAAGGUCGUCAAGCUCAGUGGAGCUGCAGAACAUUUCCAUCCUGAAUGUUUUAUCUGCUUCACAUGUGGUACGGGCCUCGAAUCUCUAGAGAUUCAUCCUGAACCCAAAGAAAAGUGUGCCGAACGUCUUGAACGAAUCAGACGCAGGAUACAAGGAGAGCAAAUCCCAGAGAUCGAAGGUCAGACCGUGGCAGAAGACGGCGAUGAACGACUGCGAUUUUAUUGCCAUCUCGACUUCCACGAAUCUUUCGCACCACGAUGCAAACACUGCACAACGCCAAUCAUUGGCGAGCACAUGGUAGCUCUUGGUCAGAGCUGGCAUUAUGGACAUUUCUUCUGCGCUGAAUGCGGUGAUCCAUUCGAGAAGGGACAUACGCAUAUUGAGAAGGACGGUUACGCGUGGUGUCUGAACUGCCAAACCAAGCGGACAGAGCGGCAAGCUCCCAAAUGCAAGCAAUGCAACCUGCCCGUUAUUGGCGAGUAUGUCCAAGCACUGGGCGGCGAGUGGCAUGAAAAGUGUUUCCGAUGUGCAACUUGCAAGAACUCUUUCGACGACGGCGCUUUCUACCCUUUGAAGGUUGGGAAUGGCACUGCCGUUUUAUGCAUUAGAUGUAUCGAACGGGAGUUGAAAAAAUGAUCACGUUGGUUCCGCUUGCUCUGUUAUCUUUUGGGGUCUCUCCAAUCAAGUCUUUUUUUGCAGACGCUCCUUGCAUUGACUCUCAUUUGUCUAGCUGAGCAUCGGGAGGAUUACCCUGGCAUCUCAAAUGGCGUUGUUUGUGUUUUGCGGAUCAGAAAGAGCGAUGGAGCCCGGGGUAGCAAAGCAACAUAUCAAUAUUAAUAAUCAUACUUCAUUUCGAAGAUGUACAUGCUUGUAGACUGCUGUAGUUAGAUGACCUUACGAACCUUUACGCCAGAAUUGCGUCUAGUCUACUGUGCAAAGAGUUUGACACAAUGCUUCUUCGCUCCUUCCAGAAAGCUAAAUCAGACUGUCGGUCUUGAAACGAAUCCGAAGGUAGAAACAGUUCAAGGAUAGAUUAGCCCAAGGGACUGGCAAGCUACUGAGGUACAUAUUGACUAUCGAGUGGCCAACUAAUCGCUGGCUAGGGUUGAAGCCAUUCGGAUAUUUCUCAUUCACCACAGCUGGCAAUAAGUUUAUAAGUCUUCUACGUCUUCAGUCGCACGAAUUUAAAUCACCCUAGGAUCUAUGAUUGCCUAGUCUAUUAUCGCCGGC